AACUAAACAGUAACAGCACAAGAUCUUCUUCAGGAAGCAGUAACAGCACAAGUGCUUCUUCAGAAAAUCAAACAAAUACCUGUGACCAAAUGUUUAAAGAAAUGGAAACAUUGCACAACAGCAACAAACCAAAUAAAACUCUCGGUUGGUCAAUCUACAACAGACUGGAGAAAGAAAUCAUAAACAACAUUACAAUAUGUGCAGAGAAACCUGAGACUUACAUAUUUGGGCAUGUUGCAAUGGCUGUGGUUGUAAUAAAUGUAAGCAUGGUGACAGAUGGUCAUUUACCAAUCAACACUUCAAAGCUUUUAAAUGAUACUAAAGCACCACAUAUAUGGAUCCCAGUGGAGCCUUUCAAAAAUGUUUCAGAAGCGGAUCGCAAACUUGGUGUAGUUGUCUACGAUUUUGAUGAGCAAUUCACUUGUGAACAAAGAAACCCGAUUAUAAUAUCUAAAGUCGUACGGAUUGAAGUUCCUAGGCGUCACAUUGUGAAUUUGACCGAACGACUUAUAAUACAGUUCCCAGUCAAUAAGAAAACUAAAAAUGUCAGUUCCUGUCAGUUCUAUGAUGAAAACAGUGCAGAAAACACCUGGAAAAAUGACGGGUGUAUCACCAAACAGAUCAGUGAUAAUGUUGUGAAUUGUUCCUGUGAUCAUAUGACUCCAUUUGCUUUGCUUAUGAUUGAUAUAAAGAACAUUGAUGAACAACAGUGGGAAAUCAUGUCAUGCAUCAGCUAUAUAGGCUGCAGUCUGUCUGCCGUAUUUUCUGCUUUCUCCAUAUUGUCCUAUAUUGUCAACAGUAAUGCCAGGAAAGAAGUGUCCAGACGCAUCCAUGUGUCUCUGAGUGCUGCUCUGUUUCUCCUCAACAUCAGCUUCAUGCUCAGUGAAUGGGCCGCCACACUGAAUAUAAAUGAAGUUUGUGUGUUUAUUGCGGUGACGAUACACUACAGUCUGUUGUGUUGUUUCACCUGGAUGGCCAUUGAAGCUCUGCACCUCUAUCUUCUUCUGGUCAGAGUCUUCAACAUUCACAUCAAGCACUACAUGGCAAAGCUCUCUCUGAUUGGAUGGGGAGUCCCGGCUCUUCUUGUUGGAUGCUUGCUAUCAAUUCAGAGCACUCGAUCUGUGUAUGGUACCCAAAAAGUCACAUUAACAGAUACCAAUAAAACAAAUGCAGUCUGCUGGACAACAGAUGCUGUCAUCCCUUAUGCUGUGAACAUUUCCUACUUUAUUCUUGUAUUCCUGUUCAACUCCAUAAUCCUGAUCCUAGUGUCCAGAUUAAUCUUUAGGCUACGAAAAUCAGACAACGGACCUAAGAGCAAAACCGCUUGCAAAAAUGCCGGCACAGUUCUUGGUUUAAUGUGUCUGCUGGGGACCACGUGGGGUUUGGCCUUUUUCACUAUGGGAUAUACAAACUAUCCUAUUCUUUACCUAUUCUGCAUCUUCAACUCAGCACAAGGGUUUUACAUCUUUCUGUGGAUGUGUCUGAAAGGGAGGACUAAAAAACAGCAAGAAAAUAUAAGGACUGCUAUCAGUGACAUCCAUAAACAAAACUAACCUUAAAUCACUUUGAAAUCAACAGGUUUCACGUAACAGCAAAAUCAAAGUGGUAUACAUUAACGGUUUAAUUAUCAUAAAAAAAAAAUUUAAAUAUAGUUUAAUUAUUUACUUUAUGGUUUAUAAUAGUUUCAUUGAAGUUUAAAAAAAACACUUUAUUCAUUUUUAAAGCAACACCAAAGAGUUUUGGCUCUUUGCUCCCCCUAUAGGUUAGAAGCGUAAUUGUCCAUUACCCACUGUCAUAAAUACUGAGGCAUAGCUGGCUCUGAUUGGAUUGUAGGUCUGCCGUAAAGCAAGUUUUUGUAGUAUUCACUCGGACUACAGGACCACUACACGACGUUUGGAAACUUAUUUAGUGCGGUUUUGGCCGAUAGAGGGCUGCAAAGCGAAUGUGAAAGUGCUGUUCACCCUGUUUAGAGUGGAUGAACCACUGAAACUGUUUUGGAAGCGUUAUUUUAAGGUAAAAAAACUCUUUGGUGUUGCUUUAAGUAAGCGUACUGUUUAAAUAAAUGAAAUUUUAGUGAAUUUUUUAAUUAAAUGCUUGGACAUACAAUAUUGUAUACAUGUUUUAUGUAUACUCUUUAUUCAAUAUUAUACAACAGGGCUGCAUUCAGCCCCGUCAAACUUAGCACAACGUUUUUUAAACAAAAACGGUGAUGUGUUGAACACCCUGUUUUGAUGACGCAUGCCAAAUUGCGUCCUAUGCUGUCACUCCCGGUGGCUGAAAUGUUGAUGAUGAAUAUCUUUGUGUUUUCUUGGAUUGAUUAUUGUAAUGCUUUGCUGGUUGGGGUCUCAAACACUCCCCUAAAUAAAUUGCACCUGGUUCAAAAUUCAGCCGCCCAAAUCCUGACUGGAACCAGGACGGGGACCAAAUCACUCUUUUAACUUAUUUUGACAGUAUGUUCUUAUUUGGUGUGUUUUUAUUUCUUACUUAUUUUAAUGUAUUGUUUGUAUAAUAGUAUGUUUCCUUUGUCUUCUGUCAAGCGCUUUGAGAUGCUACUUUUAAAGGCACUAUAGAAAAGAAAGUUUAUUAUUAUUAUUAUUAUUUAGUAAGUCAAUAAUUAAUCUUGACUGACUGCUAUGAAUGAAGUCAAACUGAAAAACUUAAACA